GUAAGUACCAAAAACAACCGUACCGACCGCUACGUGUAUUUUGUUGGUGCUCUUGUUUUUGUGCUGGCCGCGGGGAGCUACUAAACUGCGGAAGUUGAAGAGCAAUUUCAAAGAUGGUAUCUUUAAAGGUGGCGCUGACUGCUGGGAUAGUUACAUUCAUCCUCAUCGCCGGUCUUGUUGUUGUUGUUGUGGUGGUGGUUGAGGCUGGUGACAAGCCUAAGAAGCUCCAGAUCGACGUCACGAAGAAGGUGGAGAACUGUGACCGGAGAUCCAAAGUUGGUGAUUCCUUGCAUAUGCAUUACACAGGCACACUAGAAGAUGGAACCCAGUUUGACAGCAGCAUUCCAAGGGGGAGUCCGUUUGUUUUUACUCUUGGCGCAGGCCAGGUGAUCAAAGGCUGGGACGAGGGACUACUCAACAUGUGUGUUGGAGAAAAGAGAAAACUAGUUAUCCCAUCUGAUCUAGGAUAUGGAGACCGAGGAUCACCUCCCAGAAUCAAAGGGGGUGCUACUCUUGUCUUUGAAGUAGAGCUGAUGAAAAUUGGCUGAUGAAAAUUGACCAAAGGGAGGAGCUAUAACCAGUCCCCACCUGAGCUUAAAAUCAAGCCUUAUUUCUUAAUUCUCAAACUAGAAGCAUGGAUAGCAUUAGUGCAAUGAUUCGGUAGGGUUUUUCUAUUUGAAUCCUCUUGCUUCCUAUAACAGGCAUGCCACUUUUCAACUGAUCAGCUGAUUUCCUCUUUUUCUUUUCAAAAAAGUGCCUUAGAAAACUGAAAACACUGUAUCAGCCAUUUUUUUUUUUUUUAGAGAGUUGCAUGUCUGAAAUUAGAAAGUUGCAUGUCUGAAUUAAGCCGACAGAGAAUACUUGUUUUCAUACUCUUAGCCUGUAACACAUAAAUGGUGUUGAUAUUGAAAUGGUCACUAAACAUAAAUACCUUGGGACUCACAUUGAUAGCCAUUUAAAUUGGAAUGUUAAUACACAGAAAUUAUGCUCUAAGGCUAAUCAACGUUUGUAUUUUUUAAGGAAACUUAAGAUUGUUAACAUUGACCGGGAUAUUAUCAUGUUGUUUUACAAAAGCUGUAAUUCAGUCUGUCAUUGCGUCCUCUUGCAUUGCAUGGGCGAAUGGUCUGUCUGUGGGUAAUCAAAAUAAAAUCAACAGAAUCACUAGAUCUGCUAGUAAGCUCAUUGGUAUUCCUGUAAAAGACUUAGGUUCCAUCUACGCGGCAGCUAUAUUGUCAAAACUCGAAAGUAUACAACUUGAUGAUACCCACCCACUUCAUACACCUUUUGUUUUUAAUAAGUCUGGGAGAUUGCGUCAACUCAAAUCCAACACUAAUCGUCAUCGUCUAUCCUUCUUACCCAGUGCAAUUUUCUAUUUUAACAACAAUUUUAUUAGAUAACUUGCUUCGUACUUCCCAAUCCAUGUCACCUACGGCCUCUCCCUCGUUCCCAUGUAUUGUCUUCCCACCCCUCCUACACCCUUCCUUCUCUCCUUUUCCCACCCCCUUUCCUUUCCAAGUCAUCCUUAGUUUAGUUUCUGUUUUUAUGUAUAUUAAUUCCGUUGUAUUUUAAACUAUUUUUUUGUGCAAUAUGAUAUUUUUAUUAGUGUUUUGUGCUAUUUUUAAUGACUGUAUUUUAAUGUGCAAUAUCGGGGAAGUGAUUUUCAUGCUGGGCAUGACGAAUAACAAAAUCUAAUCUAAUCUAUCUAACAUCAUCAGUGUAAAACUUGGUUGUGCCAUGUUGAGAGUCAUUGUAACCGUGUGUGAUAAUGGUGUAGUGUACAUUUUAGGCCAUGCAACUCUUAACUUACACACUUUGAUUCCCAAAAUUUGACUCCCAAAAUGGCGAGCAGACAGAAGUAGAGUGUAAUGUUGAUGCAAAGGGUGAAUAAGGGAAAGCACCGAUGCUCAGUCAAUGACUUUCAGAUGCUAUAUAGCAGAGAUACAAAUUCAUAUCCAGUUGUUGACAUUUUGCACACUAUUUUUUGAAACAAUGAAAUUGUUUAGUAAACAAGGUUCUAUUUGUGACUCCCAACAGUCUCCCAAAGAGAUAAACAAAAACAUUGAUAUUAGAUUGAGUUCUUUACAAGGAGGGAAGAAACAAUUACAGCUCAACAACAUUAUGAUAUAUUACAUUUUGCAUUCAUUCAUUGUAAUGUAUCAAGGAGAAUUGUCAAAUUGUAGCAAUAAUAUAUUACGAGAUCAGUUUUUGUAUUGAAUAAAUAUAAGAAAAGACCGAAUUGACUUGGUCUUCCUCUAUGGUGCAGAUUGUU